AUGGAUUGUAUCGAGAUAUGCCCCGAGAAUGAAGUGAGGACGUUAUUCGUGAGUGGCCUUCCAAUGGAUGCCAAGCCUCGGGAAUUAUACUUGCUCUUUAGAGCAUAUGAGGGUUACGAAGGAUCACUUCUGAAAGUUACGAGUAAAAAUGGAAAAACAGCAUCGCCUGUGGGGUUCGUGACUUUUAACACCAGAGCAGGAGCCGAAGCAGCUAAACAGGACUUGCAGCAGGGCGUAAGGUUUGACCCCGACAUGCCACAGACCAUCCGACUGGAGUUUGCUAAAAGUAACACGAAGGUUAGCAAGCCCAAACAGCAAGCUGCUAACGCCGCCAACACGCACCCAACUUUGAUGCACCCCCUCACCGGACACCUGGGAACACCAUUUUUUCCCGGUGCCCCUGAAUUGUGGCACCAUCCUCUGGCGUAUUCUGCAGCCGCAGCAGGUGAACUACCAGGUGCGGCACUACAACAUGCCACGUUAGUGCAUCCGGCGCUCCAUCCUCAGGUGCCGGUACGCUCCUACCUUUGA